AACUAGACUGUCAAAAUUCGACGGCGAAGAAAACACCCAAUCCUUUACAAAAAUGCCCCGGAAGUGCCUCCGCCCUCAGUAAAGAUGGCGGUAGGCCCACAUAAGGGAGGCGGGGCUGCGCCUGCGCAACAAGUUCGGCGGGGAAGAUGGCGGAUGACAAGGAUUCUCUGCCCAAGCUUAAGGACCUGGCAUUUCUCAAGAACCAGCUGGAACGCCUGCAACAGCGAGUGGAAGACGAAGUCAACAGUGGUGUGGGCCAGGAUGGCUCGCUUUUGUCCUCCCCGUUCCUCAAAGGAUUCCUGGCUGGCUAUGUGGUGGCCAAACUGAGGGCAUCGGCAGUACUGGGCUUUGCAGUUGGCACCUGCACUGGCAUCUAUGCAGCUCAGGCAUAUGCUGUGCCCAACGUGGAGAAGACACUGAGGGACUACUUUCGGUCACUGCGCAAGGGGCCUGACUAGCUCUAGAUCCUAUGGGGGAAGCAGGAUGAACAGCUGGGGCCUACAGGUGGAGGCCUUUCAAACACAGACACACUAUCUGGCUUCCCCAGCUGUCAUAUACUUACUGUCUCCACCUGUCCUGCCACCUUCAUCUUAGCUUCUCUUCCUGCAGAGGGUGCACAGUGGCUUGUCGGACUGUAAUCUGGACUCCUUCCCUCCCCAGCUCCAUGAGACUGGACCCAAGACCAUGCUUCAUCAGC